AUGCACUCGGUUCCCUGUGGCACCACCGUCGUCCCAUACUACAGCGGAUAUCCAGCUGUUAUAUCACCAAAGAUUACUGAUAUUUUAUCCCCUUUUUAUCCUUUCUUUGUCUUGUUUAUCCAAAGAUUCAUCAGUUCUGGAUAUCCGCUCGUUCGGCACUUAUCCGGCCCUAAGCUCACCGGACUAGUCAGUCUGAACAGAGAUUAUCCAGGUGUAAUAUGCUUGAUCCCUAAGUUGGAGAAUAUCCCAGGUGUGCAGGCAGGGGGGUGGAGACAGGGGGAGGGGGUCGUUAUUAAUAGUCCAGCUGUGGCUAUUAUUACGAUGGCCAUUGUUGUUGUAGCUCUGGCUCGUGGGCGGCCUGCACAUCACCAACGUCAACCUCCCGACGCCCCUAGCGGUGGGGCGAGAGGCGGGUGGCUGGAGUGCGACUGGGCGGACGACGGCGACAAGAUCUACGCCCUCAAGUGGUACCUCGGGCUCGACGAGUUCUACCGGUGGACGCCAGCGGAGACGCCGCCCGUGAAGACGUUCAGCAUGAGCGGCAACCCUCUGGCGGUGGACGUGGACGCCUCCCACAGGGGCCGCGUCCGCAUCCAGGGCGUGACGCUCGGAGCCGCCGGCGUGUUCCGCUGCGAGGUGUCCGCCGAGGCGCCGUCCUUCCACACCGAGUCGCAGGUCGCCAACAUGGUCGUCGUCGACCUCCCCGACGGCAAGCCAAUCAUCACGGGCGUCCAGGAGAGCUACCAGAUGCACGAUAAUGUCAAUCUCAACUGCACCUCAUUCCACUCGCAACCGGCGGCCGAACUCACCUUUUAUAUCAACGGAGGACCGGCUGAUCCCUCAUGGCUCGUGCGCUACACACCCCACGAAGACCCUACAACCGGUCUCGAAACGUCCAUGUUGGGCCUGAAGUUCCCCCUGUGGCCGAGACUCUUCCGCAGGGGCAGCACAGUCACCGUCAAGUGCACGGCGUCCAUUCUCAAUAUGUACUUCGACAGCAGCGAAGCCGUCAUUCAGAGUGAUAUGCCUUACCAUGCCUCUAUCAUGGAAGGGCGCGCGGCUGCUGCAACGGACUCUAUAUCCACACGGAGCAAAGUCCUGAGUGUGCUGAUCUCAACCCUUCUCCUGCUGGCGGUUCUCCACUAGCGCUUAGGAACACGAGUGUAAAGGGAACGUGAUGGAAACAAAGAGAGAGAAAAAAGAUUAAAAAAUAAGAAUGAUAACCAGUGUAAUGGAAGAGAAACUUGUUCUUUGUCGAGUGCUAUAUAUAAAUCAGGGAGGUAAUUUAAAUUUUAAGUUCUAGGAAGUUGAUAAUGAUGACAAAUGCAUGUCAAACUUGAACACUCUGGAUACCAAGACGAGAGUGAAAAAAGAGAAGAAAAAAUAUAUAAACUUCCUUAUGAAGAAAAAUGUACGACUAUACUUGCUUUGUUAUUUUUUAGAUGAUGAAUAAUCGAGAAAAAUAAUACUGAUACUCAUACUAGUCAUACAGAUCUGGUUCAGUGAAUGAUGUUAAAUAUAAAUGGAUCAAAAGAAAGAGAAAUAAACAAAACAGAACAAAAAAUAAAUAAAAUGGAUAAAAGGGAGGGGAACGACCAUCAAAGAGAAAAUCAGAUGAAACAAAAUGUAAAUAUUUAACGUCCUCUCCUGUUUGUGCACGCGCGUUUUUUGUUGUUGUUUUUUCUUUCU